AUGGCAGCACGAAAACUCCAGCAGGAGGUCGACAAGUGCUUCAAGAAAGUGACUGAAGGUGUCGCCGAGUUCGACGCCAUCUACGAGAAGAUUGAGCAGUCCAACAACCCGGCUCAGAAAGAGAAGCUGGAAGACAAUCUCAAGCGUGAAAUCAAGAAGCUGCAGCGUUUGCGCGAUCAGAUUAAGACAUGGGCAGCCGGCAACGAGAUCAAGGACAAGGGUCCGCUUAUGGAGUACCGCAGGUUGAUUGAGACGCAAAUGGAGCGCUUCAAGGCUGUAGAAAAGGCCAUGAAGACAAAAGCAUACUCGAAAGAAGGCUUGUCGGCGGCGACGAAACUUGAUCCGAAAGAGCAGGCCAAGGUCGCCAAGGGCGAGUUUAUCGGCAACCAAGUAGACGAGCUGGAGCAGCAGAUUGAGACCCUGGAAGCGGAGGGCGAAGCCAUCCAAGCAACUACGAAGCGCGGCAAGAUGCACGGUGCCAAGGCCGAACGCAUGGCACAAAUUGAACGUACCAUUGAACGACAUAAGUGGCACCAGGGCAAGCUGGAGCUGAUCCGCCGCUCACUCGAGAACGGAGGCGUCGACGUCGACCAGGUCGCCGACCUCGAAGAGAGCAUACGCUACUACGUCACCGACAAUAUGCAGAGCGACUUCAUAGAGGACGACACCAUGUACGACGACCUGAACCUCGAAGAGAACGAAGACGCCUUCGGCAUGAACCUAGACAACGACAAGGUCUCAUCGCAAGACAACCAGUCCAUACAAGGCGACACGCCGGAGAUCGAGUCCAAGCCCGCGGCACCGCCAACUGCACCAGCGGCCACGGGCAAGGGACGACAAGGGGUAUCGGAGGCGGCCGCGUCGGGACGGAGACCCUCUGCACAGCUCAAGUCGCCAUUACCAGCUCUCGCAACGCUGCAUACGCCGCUACCGACUCUGAGCAAUGGUUCCGUAGCGUCUACAAUGAAGCCUGCAUCCAUACCAACGCGACCCGCCGGCGAGGUUCUCAAGUACGCGUCGGCCGCCGCCGCUGCUGCCGCGAGCGACAAGCUGAAUCUGGGCAUUUCGCCGUUACCACCACCGGUCGGCGUCUCCGGCGCAGUCUCUUCCUCACAACUGCCGACCGCGGCGUCAAUUCCAGCCGUCCAGGCCAGCAAGAUUGCCAGUGCAGCCAACUCGCCCAAACCAACACCCGCGCAGCCGUCUGCACUAUCCGACAAGUCCUACUCGCCUGCCGUCUCCGUGGCGGCGCCCGCGUCCGCUUCAACAGCACCCGCUGCGGCGCCGGCCAAGGCAGAGAACACAAGACGGAGUAAGAACGCGGCAGUGGCGGCAGCAGCAUCAGCAGCAUCAGCAGCAUCCGCGGCAACACCAGCGCCGGCCGAGCAAACAGAGGCAACAACCAGGGCCUCCUCGCAAACGAAUGGCUUUACCAAUGGUGCCAAGCAUGGGACGGAAGCUGCCGCUACAGACGAGCAGGAACGCCGGGACGAGGAGUCGAUAUACCACCUGCCUGCGUCGCUGCGGGAUCUGGUCGACUCGUUUGAGGUGACGAAGAGCCUACCGGCCGUGACCAAUCAGGCGACCACCCUGCGCCAGCUGUCGACGUCCGCGAAUAAUCCGCCCGAGGCCAUGGACUCGGAGCCGCCGCGACGCUACGUGCCGGACAUGCGUUACAACUCGACAUCCAACUACCCGCAGGAGCCGCUGCCGCUGCUGGACGACCCUCGGCUGUACAACCGCAUCGACCCGGACACGCUCUUCUACGUGUUUUACUACAAGCAGGGAACCUACCAGCAGUACUUGGCCGCCAAGGCUCUCAAGGACAUGAGCUGGCGCUUCCACAAGCAGUACCAGACUUGGUUCCAGCGACACGAAGAGCCCAAGAGCAUCACAGAGGAGUUUGAACAGGGCACGUACCGCUUCUUCGACUACGAGAGCACAUGGAUGAACAGACGGAAGGCCGACUUCAAGUUCGUCUACAAGUUCCUUGAGGAUGACGUGUAG